GGGUAAAAUCACAGUUGCUCUCUGAACUGAAAACAACACAGACCACAAUGUUCAAGCUGGUGGUGUUGUGCUCCGUACUGGCCGUAGCGGCCUCCAGUGCCAUCGCCCCUCUGGGCUGGGGUGGCCUCGGCGUGCCCGGCCUGGGUGUGCACGGAUUGGGAGUCGCUGGUCUCGGCUGGGGUGGCGCGUGGGGUGGACACCUGGCGGCGCCGCUGGCGGCCCCCAUCGCCGUCGGCCCUGCCAUCGGCGCUAACUACCGCGGACCUCUGUCGCUGGCUCCCGGCCAGCCCGCCAACAUCCUGGCCGCUGACGGCAGGCCUCUCGACACCCUCAGCGUGAACUUGGACCGCGCCGCGCAUCUUACCGCCCGCGCUGUGGACGGACACGGCAUCCAUCUGUUGAAGAAGCGCUCCGCUCCGCUGCUGGGGGCCGCAUGGUCGCACACCGCCCGCCUGGACAUCCCCGCUGCCUACAGUGCGCCGCUGCUGGCACCGUACAACUACCGCGGGCCGCUGUCGCUGGCGCCCGGCCAGCCCGCCAACAUCCUGGCGGCGGACGGCAGGCCGCUCGACACGCUCGACGUCAACCUGGACCGCUCGGCGCACUACACCGCCAAGGCUCUAGACGGCAGCCUGCACCUGCUGAAGAAGCGCUCCCUCGCUGUGGCGCCCCUGCCCGGCCUGGCCUACACCGCUCCGCUGACCUACCGCGCGCCGAUCGCCUACUCCGCGCCUCUGGCUUACUCCGCACCCAUCUAUGCCAAGCCCAUCCUCCCCAUCGCACACGCUCUCUACUGA